UAUGCACAUCCGCAAAAAGUGUACAAUUUGGGAUUUAUCAAGUCUGGAACCAUGAGCAAGAAGAGCAAUGUGUGGCAGUACUUCUACAAGACAUCUGGCACAGUGGCCACUUGCCUUUUGUGCAACAGGAACUAUUCGAGAAGAGGACGCGGCACCACUUGCCUUCGAAAUCAUCUGAAAAGCAAGCACCCACCAGAGUUCCUAGCUCUAUCCGGGGACAUAAAGUUCCUGGACCUGGUAAAAAGAGAGAUCUCUAUCGGUUCGCCACAUCACCCCACAGCGCAAUUGGAAUUAAAUUUGCAUGAAACUGAUCCAGAUCCUUUGGAUACGGACGAAAUUUCUUACAACCCGCGCUCUGAUGAGAAGUUGGCCCUCAUGCUAUUGAACCACUCAUUUGAGUUCAUCGAAGAAAGCACAUUCGUAAAUUUUGUAAGGGUGCUUCAGCCAAGAUUUCUGAUUCAACCAAGGAGCUACUAUGAGAAUAUACUAUGCGAGGAUAUACACAGAAAAAUGCAAGAGCACCUAAAAAAGCAGCUGAAUCUUCUGGAUGCCGUAUCGUUAUCUACAAGCCUUUACCAGGAUCAAAAUGGCGAAGGGCUUUUAAGUCUAUCUUGUUCUGGAAUCUCAGGAGAUUUUCAGAGUGUCCGGCUAAUGCUUAAAUGCGAAGCCUUAAAUUCUGAAAGCACUUCUAAAGUAGCUUGUUAUAUUCGGGAUCUAAUACCCAGUUCGACGAUAGAGAUUCCCAAGGAGAAGACGCAUUGCAUCAUCAGGGAUGAGAUCACAGCUCUGCCAGGAUCUCUGCCCGAUUGUAGUGUACAUCGCCUGCAUAUGUGCGUGAGGAUUGCUUUGCAAUCGAACGAAUUGCUCCAGAAUCUUUCAUCCAAAUGCAAGCAAAUAGUUGACCAUUUUGCUUCUUCUAAGAUGGCCAAUGAUCAUCUAAAAUUCAUACAAGAGAUUCGCCUGACGCGAGAUCCAUGUAGACUUAAGCCUUUUGAUCCUUUUCAAUGGAAUUCCACCUUCCACAUGAUGGCCAGCGUAUUCAGAAUGAAAGAUGCCGUCUCCUUAUAUUGCGAGGAGUAUAAUCUGGUUCAAAUAUACCCUGAUGAAUGGAUAGAGAUUGAUUUGUGCAAUAAAGUUAUGCAGCCUUGUGAGGAAACAAUUAAGAUUUGGAGCAAUCCCUUAACGACAACAUCAUCAGUAAUUCCAUUAGUGGCCGCAUUACGGGAUUCUCUUCGAACAGAUGUUCAUAAUUAUGUUUCCUCAGUGACUAUUUGUAGUUUCGCCAGAAAGUUGCUUGAAGAACUGGAAAUUAAAUUUUCCCACGUCUUAAGCGAUAUGAAAUUUUUGAUGGCCACGUAUUUGGAUCCAAGAUAUAAGCAAGCAUUUUUCACGGAGCGAGAGGAGCACUUGGUGGCCAAUGAAAUUUUGAUUCUGCUCGGUAGAGCUCAAGAAGAUCUCAACGGUCAACCGCCGUUAAAAAUAAUCAAAGUAUCAUCCACCUCCUCCCUUAAAAAUGAAUCAAAGAUUGAUAGUAUACUAGAUAGCAUACUAACAACCGGAUCCACCAACACGCAACAUGCGACAACAUCAUUCGGUUCUCAGUCACAGAUUAAGAAUCUACUAUAUCUAUAUAACUCCGAACCUAGAAUCGAUAGAAAUAUGGAUCCUUUAAUGUGGUGGAAGACAAACAUAAAAUACAAUUCUUUGUAUUCCAUUGUUAGGAAAUUUCUAUCAGCACCAGCAUCUAGUGUUGCUAGUCAACGCUUAUUCAGAGAAUCUACACAUUUGUAUUUCGAUAUGCGAGCGGGUUUGAGCUCCGAAAAUGCAUCCAAAAUGUUGUUGAUAAAGUCUAAUUUUAGCUUUAGCAAUUCAGAGUUCAAGGAGUAGAAAAAAUUU